AACCGCGCGCGCGUCGCUACAGCCCUACGCCUUCCCGCCUACGCGAGUGACAUUCAAAUUUCGAAUUACUUCGGCAGUGAACUGUGGAGUUUUAUGAAAAAAGUUUCUAUUUGAAUAUUAUUUUUUUUUAGUGUGAACUUUAAAAAAAAUAAGUGAAGUGUCUAUUGUUAUAAAAGACGCAGUGAUAUGGGCGCGCGGCGAGCCGGCGCACGUGGACGCUGCUUUUUGGCGGGAGACGCCAUGUUGGUUCUACUUUGACAAUUUAAAUAAAAGUGAAUAGCACCAAUAAUAAGGAAAGUGAUAAAAGUGAACGGUACAUUAUGUAAAGUGAUGAGGUGAAUAUAUGGAAAGGCGCUCGAGGCGUUUGUGAGUGAAGUGACAUAAACACAAGUGAAAUGAAGUGAAAACGAAUCUAGUCAGGAAAAUGGGUAUCCAAGUGGAGAAUAGUGUAAAUUAUAGUUCCAGUAAUACAUGCACUGAGGAAUUUUGGACGAAAAGAUGUCGCGAAGUUUCCCGAAUGCAGCCCAGCCGAGUUGGAUUCGACGGUUCACCUCUUUCUCGAAAUUGGACCUACCGAACUGGAUCAUAUGUCCUAGGUAUAUGUAUUCGUCUACAAUUUCGAGUGCAGCGUUCUCAACCGGUCCGGUUUAUCUUUUUAAAAUUCAUAAUUAACAGUCAGUAAUUGGUUCACAAUAGCAAAUUGAGAACUACAAUCUAAUAUUGAAGGUGAAAAACAACGUACAACAUUUCACUGCAUUAAGCGUUGCAAUAUCGCCCGCUGAGGGCAAUAUUACGAUUAUGUUUUCAAAUUCAAUUCCUACUGCAAAUAAACAUAAUAUUGAGUAUCGGAGCGUGGCAUACCGCGCGGGCGUUCUGAAUCAUUGUGUAGUUAUCUAGUCAUAGAAGAAGAUAUUUGUUAAAAACUAUUUCAUCAUCAUAUCAGUCAAUGAACGUCCACAACAAGACAUAGGCCUUUUGUAGGGACUUCCAAACAUCCUGAGCCGCCUGCAUCCAGCGAAUGUCUGCGAUUCGCUUGAUGUCGUCAGUCCACCUGGUGGGGGUCGACCAACACUAUGCUUUCUAGUGUGGGGUCGCCAUUUCAGCACCUUGGGACCCCAACGUGCAUCGGCUCUUCGAACUAUGUGCCCCGCCCAUUGCCACUUCAGCUUUGCGACUCGUUGAACUAUGUCGGUGGCUUUGGUUCAUCUGCGGAUCUCCUCAUUUUUGAUUCGAUCACGUAUUACUUACGUAUUUUAAUUUUAAUUUAUAAUAGGAACAGUACACGGGAAAAGCAAGGCACUUAUAGAUUGUAUGCAAGCUGCCGCUUGUUAAAGUCCUUUACUCAUGAUAGGGUCAUUCAAAAUAUACGUAGAUCUGUAGGUAAUUUUAAGAAAUUUAGUAGUUAAAACUGAAAAGGCAUUGUAUAUUGACUAAAGUCUCAUCAACAAACCUGCCUCAUUCUUUAAAUAUUUUUUACAAGUUUAUUUUGGCUGGUGGGAGGCUUCGGCCGUGGCUAGUUACCACCCUACCGACAGAGACGUAUCGCCAAGCGAUUUAGCGUUCCGGUACGAUGUCGUGUAGAAACCGAAAAGGGUGUGGAUUUCAUCCGCCUAACAAGUUAGCCCGCUUCCAUCUUAGACUGCAUCAUCACUUACCAUCAGGUGAGAUUGUAGUCAAGGACUAAUUUGUAAAUAAUAAUAAAAAAAAAAAAAUAUCAGCUCUCCAAAGGUAAAUAAAUUGUGUGACAAGAAUAAGGUUCUCAGUCGCCACCUGUACUUAGCAACAGUAAAGACCUUACGAGACCUUUAAAGUUUAAUUUUCAACAAUGUUUUAAUGUCCAUUAGCCAUUUGUGAGGAAUUUCUUUCUUCUGUAUCAGGAGGGGUUUGGGGUCGGCUAACUAUAACUGGAUUGCGGUCAAGUCAAAUAAAACCAAAUUCGUUUAUUUCAAAAAGUCUUAGUUUAUGAGUAAUUUUGAAACGUAAAAAUCGUCUCUUUGCCGAGAUUCAACCAGCGGUUCGGUAGCUAAAUUCUACUGCGAAGAGCACACGACUAGCGCCGCGAUGCUGGUGCUGCGCGCGGGCUCGCGCCGGUGGCAGCGCGCCGGCGCUGGGCGGCGACGGCGGCGGCGCGUGGGCGCGAUUUGUUUACGCGGCCGCAGUCCGCGCGCCGAGCCGAGCGCCGCCGCUCGCGCACCCUAUAUUCAGUUCACGGCCGCUCUAUUACCGGCCGUCUAUUUCGGCGCACAAUAUUGCGACCGGUGCGGAGCGCUCAGUGCGGGCAGGUGCGCGCCGACGGCAUGCGGCGCGCGCCCCGCUAGCAGCAUGGAGCGGCGCCGGCGGCUCGACCCGCCCGACCCCAUGACCAAGCCCCGCCGCCGGGAGAAGCCGCGCGAGCGAUGGCUGCUCACGCGCAAGACGUGGCGCUACAUGGCCGACGCCGGCCGCCGGCUCGUGCCCGACGGCGGACGCGCCGACGACGUCCCCCGCCUCGAAGCGUACUUCCAGGAAGUGUGUUCGCGCGAGCCGCGGUUUCUGCUCCUGCGCAAGAGCUCGUACCCCGGCGUGCUCCCCAAGCCGCGCCGCAAGAAGCGUGCGCGUGGUGGGUCCGUGCGCGCGCGCUCGCCGCCGCUGGAGCCGCCGCCCGCGCGCCCCGCCGACUUGCGCCUGCACACGUCGGGCGGCCGCUUCGACAUCGCCAAGCUGCGGCGCGAGUUCUUCGCCGCGCCGCCGCCGCCCUCGCCGUCCGCCGGCGCGUCGUCAGCAGUCCACAGCGCGUUCCCUGCAUUCAGCGCGUUCGUCCCAGGCCCGCGACCGACCGCCGCAGACGACGUCGAUGGGACGCUACUUGACUUGCUACGCAAGCACCUCACUCUGAACGAAGCGCCGUCCGCCCGCCCGUGCGAAUCGGACGAGCUGCUGCAAGCGCUGAGAAGCUACCUCAAACGGCAGGCGGAGCGCGCGCCCGCCGAUUCUGACGCGGAUCCGGCGCAGCGGAUCUUGCGCGAGAACCUCGGCAGGUACUACCAGCGGUCGUCCGCUAGAGACAAUACUGUGCAAGAUUUGUUGAACGAUAAGAGUUUGUUAAAAAAACUUUACAAUGAUCUCCGUAAAACGAAGCCGUACCGCGGCGGCCGGGGCGCCGGGGGCGGAGGCUCCGCCGGGCCGGGGGGUUUCGGCCCCGGCGUCGGGUUCGCGGGGACUUCGCGGAGUGUGUUUCGCGGCCGAAUCGUUGGCGUUUCCGAGUUCACGGACGAGGAGUACGGCCGCUCGCCGCCGAUGUCUCCGCCUCCGCUCAUCGAGGUGGCGGGCGAGUCGGCCGAGGAGCGGCUGGCGGACGCGGGCACGCAAACCAUGCCCAUACGUGAGGAGGAGCUCCAGGAGCUGGAGCGCGCGUACCGCGAGCAGCUGGACGCGGAGACGCCGGUGCUCCCCGCGAGCCCGCCACCCGAGCGCCGCCCGCGCCGCCGCUCCAGCGUCGACCACGACGACGUCUCCCAAUCCGUCAGCGACACCAUCAAACGGUACCUGCGAAUGGCGCGCAAAAAAAGCGUAGACUCGGAUAAAUCGGACCGUUUCAAACGCAUCAACUAUGACAAGAACUUACGGAAUAUCAAGCCGCGUCCACCGGGCGCUGUUGACGACGAUGGGCUCAACAAAGGCGUGCAAACUGACGACGCGUGGAUACUGUCGUAUCGCGAACGUUCCAUGGCGUCGACGCCGACGUCGCCACCGUCCCCGUCUCAGUCGCACUCGUUCCUGUCGUCGCUGCUCGGCCGCGGGCCCACAGUGACCAUGCCUGUGCCCACAGGCGGCAUGCAGAAGUCGCGCUCGUCCAGCAGCGUGGUGCAGAGCGUCAGCAAGCGGCUGUGGCGCACGCGCAGCCGCUCGUCCAGCCGCGUGGCCGCCGCCUGGACGCCUCAGGGCAGUUGUUGCUGGGCAGACGGCAGCGGGCGCUGCGUGCGGCUGGCCGACACGUCGCUGCUGAGCCUCACCGAGGUGGAGCGGCGCGCGCUGCAGCAGGCGGCGCUGGCGCGGCUGCAGCAGCUCAACCUCGGCACCACCAUCAAGAUACCUGAGGACAACGCCGCGACAGUCGCGCCCAAGCCCAAGCGGCGCGCCUACCUGCUGAAGAGGAAGGCGCUCACCACCGGCUUCUUCGACCAGAGCCGGGCCAAGGACGGCGACAAGGAGAAAGAACCGAUGGGCAAUGUGUUCGGCGUGCCGCUGUCGCAGUGCGUGGAGGCGGAGCGCGCGCUGCGGCGACACGGCGGCUCGCGCGCCUCGCUGGCGUCCCUCAACGCGCUGGAGAAGGCUGACGAUAGUGAAUCCUGCGAUUCCGGUGAAUGGGGUUGGUCGGGGUUAGAAGACGGUGGCAGUGGGCCCAAAGUGCCUUCAAUAGUGUCCGCCUGUCUGACCCACCUGAGGAGACACGCUCUUCACACGCUGGGUCUUUUCCGAGUGUCAUCCUCUAAGAAGAGGGUUAGACAGCUUCGUGAAGAGUGGGAGAGAGGCCAAGAGACGGCCCUAGACGCCGCAGUGAGUCCACACGACGUGGCAGCCCUACUCAAAGAAUUCCUGAGGGAUCUCCCCGAUCCUUUAUUAUGCAAAGAUCUCUACCCUGCUUUUCUACAAACACAAAAAAUCCGCAACCGUCACCUCCAGUGGGAGGCGCUUCAGCUCAUAGUGCAGCUGCUGCCGGCGGCGCAUCGCGACACUCUCAACGCCUUGCUGUCCUUCCUGGCGCAGCUCGCGGCCAACGCUGACGAUGACCGCGAGCCUGGGAACAGGAUGACCGCAGCGAACCUUGCCACUAUAUUUGCGCCCAACAUUCUGCAUAGGAACAAUCCUAAUGAGCCUGCCAGUCCCGAACAACUCCUCUCAGAGAGAGCAGACGUGAUCAACGUGGUGCGGCAGCUGGUGGAGCGGCACAGCGAGCUGUGGGCGCUGCCGGCGGAGCAGCUGCACCAGGCCUACAUACACCUGGCGCAGUCCGCGCCCACGCACCUCGACUCGCUGCUACUGAGGAGAGCUGAAUCAGCAGCGGAAGCUAACGCAAACGCAGAGGGUGCGAAGAGACUUUGGUCCCGCGAAAGCUUCCUCCAUGCGGCUGCAAACACCGCAACCCUGGCCUCGUCACCAAAUGCCAGGGGGGAGAGAUCGAGUCGACCUCGUGCCGCCUCUGAUACCUCUUCCGCUUCUUUAUCUUCCACCAUCACCUUUCUCACCAGUAGAGUACGUAGUAGUGAAGAGCGAGGAAGCAGUGGUAUAGGCAUCAGUUCACCCCCCCGAGACUCAGCGCCGGACUCAAACGACUCUGCCAGUGACUACAAUGAAACUGGCAACGCGUCAGAAGACGACUGCGUCAUCACCGCGUCUCUCCAUAUCCCGGCGAUCAGGCCGCGGCGGCGCUCCACAUCGGGCUCCUCGUCAUCAGCGAAGAGGGACUCUGCGGUGGGCUCCUCGGCCGCGUCCCCCUCCCCCGCCUCCAGCGCCUCGCCCCCCGCCAGCCCGCCGCCUCGUCCGGAGCGACCGGAGCGGCGGCACGCUGAUAUUGAGAGGCUCGUGGCGUUUGGGAGAGAAAGGAACACUUCCGACGCUCGAGCAGUCGUCGUCAAACAACACGAUGAAACCACCGUAACGCGCACCCGUGUGUCUUCCAGACAAGAGCACACAGUCAGGAGAGAAGACAUACACAAUCUCAGGAGAGAAGACAACCCUCGACGAGAUGAACACGCUAUAAGAAGAGAAGACAUACACAACAUCAGAAGAGAAGACAACCCUCGACGAGAUGAACAUAAUAUAAGAAGAGAAGACCCCAUUCCAAGACGAAUAGAAAACGCUACACACAAAAGAGAAGAUCAUAGCACAAGAAUAGAACAUACAAUUAGAGCAAAUGAUCAAAAUGUUAGGAGGGAUGAUCAUAAUGUUAGGAGAGAUGAUCAUAAUGUUAGGAGAGAAGAUCAAACGGUUAGGAGAGAGGAAAGGAGAGAAGGUACCAUGCUGUACAAAAGGGGAGAGCUCAUAUCGAGCGCCCAAACCCGGCCCACAUGACACGUUGUAUACAUACACGCUUUUAUACAUAAACGUCUAUUUAUCAUGUCGUCUUUUAUUUAUAUAUUUAGAGAAAUAAAGAUUUUUUAUUUUACACAAAAC